GCUCGUAAGUCUUUUAACAGGCAUGUCGUGCGAUAGGAAGUGGAGACCGGUUUGGAAGGGCCUUGUAUUGGGUUGGGAAAGUGUGUGUUGCGGGGUUAAUUAACGGAGUGCUAAUGUCCCGUCACAUCUCCGUAGGAGACAGGUCACGGCGAAGCAUAAACGUUACCCAUUUAAGCUUGGUUGGGUGGGGGUUUCGCUUUACCGUGCCUAACGACGUUUGUUUCCCGUUGCGUCCGCCAGAUCCCGAUCCAGGGGGAGUAACCCUAACCCUAACGCCGCCACCCCAUGGCCUCCUGCGACGACGACUUCAGUCUCCUCGGAGACGAAGCGCAGUCCCAUCCCCAUGCUCAACAUCAGCAUCACCACCAUCAUCAGCACCACCAUCACCAACAGCAGCCGCCCUUCUCCACACCCCAUCGCUAUGUUGCCAAAGCUGUGCCUCCCAUACGAUCCCACCUCGGCGCCAUCCCCAGCCCCAAGAAAGACGUGGAUGGUCGUCGAGCGGAUGAUGACGACGAAUACGGUGAGGCCUUUGCCGCCGCCCAGUCGGAGGCCACCAAAUCUUACCACGACGUCAACUCUCACCAUCACUGCUUCGCGGACGAGGACCCUGGCGCCAAUCCGUUCGGACCCCGGCCUACUACCGAGGACGAGGAUGAGGACAACGGCAAUAACAAUCCGGAUCUCAAGUCCCGAGCUGCAGCCCAGCAGCAGCUCGGUCCCGCUGCCAUCUGCCGUUCGGAGCCCAAGCGCAAGGACCGGGACGAGCUCAGCGAUGGGGGGUCUCCUUACUGCUUUAACAGCAAGAAGUCAAGGCCGUCGUCGUCGUCGGGCGACUACAGGAAGGACCGCGAGGAGUGGAGCGACUCAGCCAUCGGGUGCCUGCUGGAUGCCUACACCGACAAAUAUGUGCAACUGAACAGAGGAAACCUGCGGGGAAGGGACUGGGAGGACGUCGCCACCAUCGUGAGCGAGCGAUGUGACAAGCAGAAGUCGGGUAAGAGCGUGGAACAAUGCAAGAAUAAGAUAGACAACCUAAAGAAGCGGUACAAGGCAGAGUGCCAACGCCUCACUAGUGGCAGCCUCGCUGUCAGCCACUGGCCUUGGUUCAAGAAGCUUGAGCAGAUUGUAGUCCCCUCCUCCUCCUCCUCCAAGCCCCAGUGCGAAGAUGACAAGUCCAUCACGCUUGGUGGCUCUGCUUCUGUCACCAGGCAAACCAAGAGGUACUCGGUUUCCACACCUGGUGCUGUUGGUGUAACAAAUAACGUGAAAAUGAAACAAUUGUCAAGCCCAAGAUGGAAGAGAGUGGUUUUGAAAAUUAGUGGUGCUGCAUUAACUGGGAACGGUCCACAAAAUGUUGAUCCUAAGGUGGCAAUGCUAAUUGCUAGAGAAAUUGCAAUGGCUAACCACGCAGGAGUUGAGGUAAUCUGUGUCCUUGAAGUCAGGGUGGCAGUUGUUGUUGGAGGACGAAAUUUCUUUUCUGGGGAUUCCUGGGUAGCAGCUACUGGUAUUGAUAAAGCUACAGCCUACCAGAUUGGCAUGAUGGCAUCUGUGAUGAACUCUAUGUUGCUCCAAGCAUCUCUAGAGAAGAUUGGGGUUCCAACACGUGUACAAACUGCAUUUACGAUGCAAGAGAUUGCUGAACCCUACAUAAGACGUCGAGCUAUCCGGCAUCUUGAAAAAGGAAGAGUGGUGAUAUUUGGUGGAAUUGGUGCGGGAACUGGAAGUCCACUUUUCACCACUGAUGCAGCAGCGGCUCUUCGAGCCUCUGAAAUUAAUGCUGAUGCUGUCCUCAAGGGUACCAAUGUGGAUGGUGUUUAUGACUGUCAUCACAGAAACAGCAACAUGCAGUUCGAGCACAUUUCUUUCAGGGAGUUAGAUGCAAGAGGCAUUAGUGCCAUGGACAUGACUGCAGUUUCAUUCUGUGAAGAGAAUGGUAUUCCUGUCGUACUUUUUAAUUUGCUGGAACCAGGCAACAUUUCAAGGGCACUUUGUGGAGAGCAAGUUGGUACCCUUGUAGACCAGUCUGGAAGGAUUAGCUGAUCCAAUAUUCUCCGCCUAUUAGAUGAGUUUUUGGCACAUGCUUUUCUUUAUUGAACCCCAUUAAGUAGUUGUGCUUUUACACCAAAUCGAUUGGAGUUUGGUUACUGUGCUUUGCCUCUGGAUGAAUCCCACCUGGAGUACCUGAUAUGUGAGUCGAGCCAUGUCUCUCAGUUGAACUGCCAGAACAGAGGGUUCUGUCUUGAGUUUCACCUGGUUUGUUGUACUAAUGACAUUGCUGGUGGAAGUAGCAUAUCUUGUUUGUAAAGAUCAUAGUUUCUUGUAAAUUACAUGAAUUUCCUGUAAAAGAUGGCAGGGCAGCUAACCGUUCAUCUGUGUAGUCUUCACUAUGUUCGGUUAUUUGAAGAGGCCAAGGAUCUAAACUUCCUUCUCAAGGAGGAAUGUUUUGAGGCAGGCAAUGUAAUAGCUAGUGGUUAUUUAAUAUGUAUUGUAAGCAACCAUUUAAAUACAUAUUAACCAUUGAUCUGUGUUUUUUUUUC